GUCCCCAACUUUGCUACAAUGCGCCGCUCAACUUAGCUGGGGAAAACCACAAACCCAGACACGACGUUCACCGGAAAACAUUCUACGGCGAGUCUCCGGUGAAACUCCGGAUGUUUGCUGCUGUGCGCCGUGUGCGCAGGAUUAUCAAGAGAUCAUGAAUUUGUUCGAAAAUCGACAAAUUGCGUUUGCAUUUUUCAAAUUCGUAUUUCGAGAUGAUUCAGAGGGAAUAGUGCAGUCUUGUUGCGUUGCGGCCCAUCUUUUAUCGGUGGAGGGGUUACGAUUUUUGGCACAAGAUGUGCUUUCAUGGGUAAUUGUUAGAAUUGGGUUUUGUCGUAGUAGGGAGCUGGUGGAGUUUAUGUGGAGAGGGCACCUCAAGUACGAGUCGGAUUUCUCAGUUCUUGAUUCGCUUAUGCGGGCUUUCUUGAAUGCAGAAAUGGUUCCAAGGGCAUUGGAGAUGGUAGAUAGGAUGAGGGAGAAUGGGCUGGGGCCGAGUCCGUCAGCUUCCACAAUUCUUUUCAGAUUGUUGUUUAGAAUUGGUGAUUAUGGUAGUAUAUGGAAGUUAUUUAGGGAUAUGGUUCUUAAAGGGCCCCGCCCUUCAAAUUAUAAUUUCAAUAUGAUGAUUGUUGGGUUUUGCAAAAAUGGGUAUCUUCAAAUUGGAGAGAGUUUGUUACAUGUCAUGAGGAAGUACCAAUGCAAACCAGAUGUUGUUACGUAUAACAUUGUGAUCAGUGCAAACUGCAUUAGGGGGCGAACAUCAGAGGGGUUGACUUGGUUACGCUUGAUGGUUGAAAGGGGUUGCAAUCCUAGCACUGUUACAUUUAGUACACUUAUUAAUGCCUUGUGCAAGGAGGGAAAUGUUGUGGAAGCAAGGAAACUCUUCGAUGGAGUUCAAGAAUUGGGUGUUGUCCCGAACACCACAAUGUAUAACACUUUAAUGGAUGGGUAUGUUAAGGCUAGGGAUGUUAGUCGAGCAAAUAUGCUUUAUGAAGAAAUGAGGAACAAGGGUAUAGCUCCUGAUGGUAUAACUUUUAACAUUUUGGUUGGUGGACAUUACAAGUAUGGAAAGGAAGAAGAUGGUGAGAGGUUGUUAAGGGAUUUAUCCAUGUCGGGUUUGCUCCCAGAUAGUACAUUGUCUGAUGUAUCAGUUGCAGGAUUGUGUUGGGCUGGACGGUUGGACGAGGCUUUGGAACUUUUAGAGGAUAUGCUUGAGAAAGGAAUACCUGUCAGUGUAAUUGCUUUUAACUCCAUCAUUGCAGCUUAUAGCAAUGUAGGAUUUGUGGUCAGCGCUUUUGAAACAUACAAAAUUAUGAUGAAAUUCAGUUUGACUCCGUCAUCUUCUACAUGCAGUUCUCUCCUUAUGGCUUUGUCCAAGAAAGGAAGGCUGCAAGAAGCGAGGGAGGUUAUGGAUAGAAUGAUAAAGAAGGGUUUCCCUGUCAAUAUAGUGGCAUUCACAGUGCUCCUAGAUGGUUAUUUUGGAAUAGGUGACAUAGUGUCAGCUCAAAGUUUGUGGGCAGAGAUGGAAGGGAGAGGGAUAUCUCCUGAUGCUGUUGCCUUCUCGGCCUUCAUUGAUGGACUUUCUAAAGCAGGAUUUGUGGAGGAAGCAUAUAAUGCGUUUCUGGAAAUGUUAAGCAAAGGUUUUGUUCCAAAUAAUUUCGCAUACAAUUCAUUGAUCGGGGGGUUUUGUAACUGCGGAAAAUUGAGUGAAGCGUUGAAGUUGGAGAAGGAGAUGAAGCAAAGGGGUCUUCUCCCUGAUAUCUUCACCGCCAAUCUUAUCAUUAAUGGGUUCUGUAAACAGCGUCGAAUGAAGUCAGCAAUUGACACUUUCAUGGACAUGCACCGGACCGGUUUGACACCAGAUGUUGUUACUUACAAUACCUUGAUCAGUGGGUACUGUAAGGCAUUUGACUUAGUCAAUGCAGAUGAUUUUGUGAACAAAAUGUAUGCCAGGGGGUGGGACCCUGAUAUUUCAACGUAUAAUAUACGCAUCCAUGGAUUAUGUACUAGUCGGAGGAUGAGUCGAGCUGUGAUGAUGUUGGAUGAGCUUGUUUCGGCAGGUCUUGUACCAGACACAGUUACAUACAACAUCAUGUUGAAUGGUGUUUGCAUUGACGUAUUGGAUCGCGCUAUGAUCUUAGCUGCAAAAUUACUUAAGAUGGCUUUUAUUCCGAAUGUUGUUACAACUAACUUGUUAUUGUCUCAACUUUGCAAGCAAGGGCUGCCUGAGAGGACUUUGAUGUGGGGGCAAAAGUUGAGUCAGAUUUCUUUCAACUUUGAUAAAAUAACUUAUAAAAUACUGGACAGAGCAUAUCGUAACAUUCAAGAGGAAGCUGAAUAUUCUAGACAAACAUCAGAAAAGUGUCUCUUUCUGGACUUCCUCAUGUAUAUUACUUAUGACUAUUUGUACAGAGAUAGGAUUCAUGGUGAAACAAGUCAAUCUUCUUUUAAAAUGAUUAAUAGUGGGUCUAAUGGUUGCAAAGUGACUGACAUAAUAAAUUUAUAGCACUUCAGUUGUUGAAUGUGAGAAAAUCUUUUUUAUUAUGAGUGGAGGUUGAUGCCAAUUUUGAAGAUUUCCCGGAGCUUUUUAUUAUGAGUGGAGGUCGAUGCCAAUUUUGAAGAUUUCCUGGAGCAAUAUAUGUGUCUGCUGUGGGAAUAAUUGUGGGAAAUAUUUGAGGAAUUCAGCUGACAUGGUUUUAUUGAAAACCAUUUACUGCUUUGAUAAGGCACACAAUAUGGUUCAGGAUGGAGGGAGCUUCCAGAAUAAGGGGAAGUCAGAAAAGUGCAGGGUUGAGGCUGUAAGAAAGACCUAUGAUUUAACUGAAGAUAUGGUCCUAAAUAGAGUGGAAUUACAAAAGGAGAUUUAUCAAUACAGCCUGAAAUAUUGGGUCAUAACUCCUAUUGAGAUGAGUUGCGUUGGUGGUAGAGGAGCUCAGGAGGGAAAUAUGAUAGCCACAUAAAAAUAGUUAGCAUUUCCUAUAGAAGGACUGGUUUUAUCACCAGCAUUCUUUUCUAUAUAAUCUUGUUUAGGUCUUUACUAACAGAAUGCAGAAAUCAUAUUCUCAAACUGAAUUGAUGGUUGAGUUGAAACUAGUGACAUGAUCAGGGUGGGACCAUAAAGUGGAAUGUAAAGUGCCUUUGUUAGUCUUUUAGAACUGAUGAAAACGGUUGCUUAUGGUCUGUUUGUUGGCAAGCACCUGAUGUUAUGGCAAGAAGCAUUGCCACUGAGAAGCUGUCUUUGGAGGGUUUGGGCUAUAGAGAGGUGCACAUGUUAGCAGAGGCGCAUAUGUGCUGAGUAGCUCAUUGAACAGUGGUGGAGCAUAGUGAGAGCGACUGCUGCAAGAAGCAGCUGUUCCGCCUUGGAAGAACCUUGUGGAUGCACUGCAGGAAUUUUGCAGUGGAGCAUGGUGAGAGCGACUGCUGCAAGAAGCAGCUGUUCCGCCUUGGAAGAACCUUGUAGAUGUGCUGCAGGAAUUUUGUUUCUUCCGCAACUCAACUUAUUGAAGCUUUAUGUAAUCUGCAUGGGGAUAGUCUGUCAUCUCAUUUUUGUAGGGAAGGUCAGCAAUUUAUCGUUGGUCAUCUAGAAAGUGUGAUAAUCUGAGCUUGAAGAAUUCUAUGUAUGUUGAUUACAGAGAUCACAACAAUUUUGCAAUAGUGCAGUCAAUGCCAAAUGAUGUAAUUUCACGAUGAUUACGAAAAUACUACAUUUUUUCCAUUUCUUGAAAUGUGAGAAAUGAUGUACUUAUUUGUUAUCUUGUACUCAUUUUGAAACUUAGUAAUCAAAUUGAACACCAUAGAUGCAGCCGCCUUUUUUUUUAUUUUUUAUUUUUAUUUUUUUUAUUUAUUUCUAUACCUUCUCUGUUCUAAGACAAUGUUAUCUCGGCAGUUUUACACUCUAUACUCUUUAACCCUUCAUAAU